CUGGCGUCACUGCGCAUGCCUGGCCGUGACCUGACGCUCGGGAAUGACGUUAGGCCCCCGCCGGUCCACGCUCUCCGGAGCGCCAUGCUGGGCGUGUGCGGCGCGGGCCUGGCGCGGUCCCUGCGGGCCGGGACGCGGGCAUGGCAGUGGGGCUCGCGCGGCCGCUCUCUGGCCCUGGCUCGCGCGGCCGGCGGGCUCCGCGCGGGGGACUGGCGGCGCUCGGAGGGGCGCGGGCCGCGGGGGCCGCGCGGGCGUGGGCUGCGCCUGUCUGCCGCGGCGGUGGUGAGCUCGGCGCCCCGCCCUCUGCAGCCCUACCUGCGCCUCAUGCGGUUGGACAAGCCCAUAGGAACCUGGCUGCUGUAUCUGCCAUGUACCUGGAGCAUUGGUUUGGCAGCUGAACCAGGUUGUUUUCCAGAUUGGUACAUGUUAUCCCUCUUUGGCGCUGGAGCUGUUCUGAUGCGUGGAGCAGGCUGUACUAUUAAUGACAUGUGGGACCAGGACUACGAUAAAAAGGUUACAAGAACAGCAAGUCGCCCAAUAGCUGCUGGAGACAUUUCAACUUUUCAGUCCUUUGUUUUUCUUGGAGGACAGCUGACCUUGGCACUGGGUGUUCUUCUGUGUCUGAAUUACUACAGUAUAGCUCUUGGAGCAGCAUCCCUGCUUCUUGUCAUCACCUACCCGCUAAUGAAAAGGAUUACGUACUGGCCUCAAUUAGCCUUGGGGUUGACUUUUAAUUGGGGAGCAUUACUUGGAUGGUCUGCUAUCAAGGGCUCCUGUGAUCCAUCUGUUUGCCUACCUCUGUAUUUUUCUGGAAUUAUGUGGACUCUAAUAUAUGAUACUAUCUAUGCCCAUCAGGACAAGAGAGAUGAUGCUCUGAUUGGGCUUAAGUCCACAGCCUUACGGUUUCGUGAGGACACCAAGCAGUGGCUCAGUGGCUUCAGUGUGGCCAUGCUGGGGGCUCUGAGCCUGGUGGGAGUGAACAGCAAUCAGACUGCACCCUACUACGCUGCUCUGGCUGCUGUAGGAGUCCAUCUGGUUCACCAGAUUUACACUCUGGACAUCCACCGACCUGAGGAUUGUUGGGAAAAAUUCACCUCGAACCGAACAAUAGGACUAAUGCUCUUUUUAGGGAUUGUCCUUGGGAAUUUGUGGAAAGAAAACGAGACAGAUGAAACAAAGAAAAAUAUAGAUAAUAGAAUAGAAAAUUAGCAAAUUAAGUUUAUCCAGGGACUUUUGAAGCAGAGUUUUACAAAACACUCUCAGGUCCUGUUAUCACAUAAUUAGAUUUGAAUGAGCAGUCUUACGUUAAAGAAUUACAAACUAGAAAGUGAAGACUUGGAGCAUACUUGCCUAGAUUUUAGGUUUGUACUAGUCACAUUCUUCCCCUGUCACAGAAACUGGGGACUCUUUAGGACUUGAGAUGACCUGGAGUACUUAAGUUAAUGCAUUCUUCUCAUCAUAAUUCUCAUCUGCAGUUUUGGGAAUUAUAUGAGUUUUGGCACUUUAUAAAAAACCUGGUGCAUGUCUCAUCUAAAUGAAUGUCUCUGUAGGAAAAUAGACUCUUUUUAGGGGAAAAUAAAAAGAAGGUUGGGGUUUAUUGUUCUUUGUUGUGACUUUUACUUACUGCCAAAAGCUGUAAUUCAGAAAACCAUUCUGUAUUUUAUAUUUCAGGAGAAUUUAAAUAAAUAAAUGAGGAUUUUUACCUACUA